AUGAAUUCUCUGCCGCCCGAAGUUCAACUUGAUAUAUUAAAAUGUGUUAAUUUCGAUCAAUUACUCUCUGUUAGACAAACAAAUCGUUAUUUCAAUAACUUUAUCGAUGGAUAUGAAAAUGAAUUGGCUCGAUUGAAAUUCAAUAAACUUAACAUAAUUAUCGAUAGCAAUAUUAAUCAAUCAAAUAUUUAUGAAGUUAUUCCCCUUGAAUCUGUAAUUUCUGAAUUUAUUUUGAAUGAUCAACUUAAAGAAAAAUGGCAAGAAGCGAUAGCUAAAUCAAUUCCUUUGUAUUUACAAGAUUAUGAAGAGAGAAAUCUAUUUGCUGUUGAAUUGGACAAAAUAUAUUUUGAUUUAAAGAAAAAGAAAAUCCGGCAUUAUAUUUUAAAAUUGCCAAAUUUUCCAAAAAAACAUAAAAGAAAUGUCUAUUGUUCGGUGUUGAAUCUAUUUAAUCCAGAAAUGAUUAAUUUGUUAUUUGAUGACGACAAAUCAAUUCCUCUUCAAUUUCUUAUUCAAAAGCCAUCUCUAAGCGUUAGCAGUUUAUCUUAUAGAUUAGAUAAUACUUUGAAAUUCGUUUUAAAUCAUUUAUCAAAUUCUGAAUCUCUCAGUAUUGAUUUUAAUGAGAACAACAUUUUGGAGCAACAAAUAGAUAUUUUAUUCAAUAUUUUAACAAAAGAAGACAAUAAAUUGUCUCAAUUUUGUUUAAAAAGUUACAGAUGUUUUGAGAUGUCACGGCUUUAUGAACUUAUUUUUGAACAUAUAACAACAUCCAAAAACUGUUCAAAAUUAGUGCCUGUUAUUAUGUUAGAAUAUAUUUCUGAAUUGAAUUUUGAAGUGAACAAGGAAGCUGAAAAUGUUGAAAUUAAAGAAUUCAAUGGUGUGAAAUAUACAAAAUACAAAAUCGCCAAUAAACAUGAUCCGAAUCUUAAAUUUUCAUUUUGCAAUGCAGAAUUUAAAGAAGGGAAUACAGAUUUUACCUUUAAAAUAAGAAUAGUGAAAAUAUAG